GUAGUCGGUAGUCAGCGAUAAACGAUGGUCAAUUUGCAUUCGACUGUUUCGGGUGAUCGUUCAUGUAAUUGCGUGCGGUUCACUUGCACCACUUGUACUUUAUUUACCUAUGUGUAAAGUUCAGUUUUUGUUAUGACGUUACGGAUUAUUUGGUUUUUUAUUUUAAUUGAUGUUAUUAUCGAUGCCCGAAAAAACUGCGGAAAAAACGACAUCCACUUCGAGAAAAUCCUCGGCUUGAAACCCUCCGACCGCAACGUCCCGCUCCUCCUGUACCAACCCGCCUCCAACACCACCGCCCCCAUCACCACCCAGUGCCUCGAGAAAUGCCAAAGCAACCCCGAAUGCCAAAGCUUCGUCGUCUACUUCAACGUCAGCACCUGCUACUGGUUCAGAGCCGCCGUCACGGGGGCCCAGGAGCUGGAGCUGGACGCCGACACCGCCUGGUUCACCAAAGUGUGCCUCAAGGCCCCCAAGUGCGAAAAACUGUGGGUCUUUGAGCGCGUCCCCGGCGCCACUCUGGUCGGAAGCGACACCAAAGCACUGCCAUCCCUCACCCGCCUCGAGUGCCAACAAAGCUGCCUCAACGAGAGGCAGUUCGACUGCAGAUCGGCCAAGUUCAAGAUUAACUCGAAUUACGGCCCCGGUGACGAAGUCAGAGGGACGUGCGUUUUGAGCGAGGUUGACAGGCAUGUCAUGCCCUCGGCAUAUCGGGCAUCAACUUACGACGAUGAGUACUUUGAGAAUCAGUGCUCGAAGCCCGAUGAAGACGAGGACGGGUUUUGCACGUACGAGGAGUACGAUAAUGCGACGCUGGGUCACAGCGACUUGUUUUUCCAAAAUCAGACCAAAGAGAGCUGUCGCAGUUUGUGCGAGGAGACGCAGAUUUUUAAUUGUAGGGGGUAUAGUGUAGUGAAGAGGAACCGCUCCUUUGAUUGUUAUUUGCACAGUGAGGAUAGUAAGGUGCACGGGCCGAGGCUGGUGCAGGAUAAUUUCAAGGGGAAAUAUUUCGAGAAAGCGCCAUGUCUCAACAUAUCAAUCACUUGUUCCGAAACGUACAUGACGGUCGAAUACAACCCCAGCAUGAAUUUCAUGGGGCGCAUGUACAUGGAGGGCUACUCCGAAAACCUCGAAUGUUUCGCAAAAGGACACGGAAGCGAAAUCGUCGUCCUAAAACUACCGAUAAUUUCCGAACAGUGUGGAAUCAUCAAAGCUAUAGCCCCCGACAAUCGCACUUUACUAGCUGGGACCAUGAUUCUGCAAUACAACCCACUGGUACAAACCCAAGGCGACCGGAUUAUACGAGUUGGGUGUAUUUACGGGAACGAUAGUAAGGUGUUAUUGGGGACGGGGAUCACAAUUACCACGGCUCCUAGUCACGUCAGUCCUUUGAUUAAUUCAACGGGAUUUGCGGCGUCUCCGGUCAUCGAAAUGCUAGUUUUGGACGCGGAGACCCAGCGGGAAGUCAGCAGCACACAAAUAGGCCAGGAGUUGGAACUAAUCAUCGAGCUUAAGCAAGCCGAUGGUUCGCUGGAUAUUUGGGCAGGCCAUUUAGUCGCAAUGACUGAACAUAAUGACGAAUCAAUUAUAUUGUUAGACGAUCGAGGAUGUCCGACUAACAUCAAUAUUUUCCCGGCGUUGACUAAAGUCGCAACAAACGAUUCGAUUAAACUAAUUGCGAAAUUCCAGGCUUUUAAAUUUUCCUCCUCGCCCAUCGUCAGGUUCAGCGUGAUUGUACAGUUCUGCCCCGAAAGUUGUCCCCCGGUUGAUUGCGGCAACAAUGUCCAGUCGUUCGGCCGAAGAAAGCGCGAAAUUCAAGCGCGGGCUGUGUACACAAUCGAGGGCACGAAAGUCACAAAUGUGAACCGAACAGAAUUCGAAAAAGACCGAGCGAUUAUGAAAAUGCCGCUCGAGUUCAUUAUGAUCGUUCGCAACCCUGGUGCCAACUCCGAGCGACUGGUUUUAGGAGAUGGAAAAAUUCUAGUCGCCGGAUAUGAUUUUAUCUCAAACGAGGUUUGUUUGGACUACUCCUUGUUCAUAGGCCUCAUAAUAACGUGGAUCUUGAUCCAAAUCAUCUUCGUAACGUGUUGUAUCAUCCUAGUGCGACGAUACAAAAAAUACUACGAGCACGAAAGCACAACCCAGUCGUUGGAACAGUUGAAUAAAAACUUCGGAAUCGGCUUCAGCAACCUGGACAGCCGACGAGUGCAUUGGGCCGAUAACGGCGACUAUACAUGAUUUUUUAUUUUGUUACUAACUUAUUACAAUAAAAAUUAAGUGAUA